CGCGUCUCUACUGAAUAGAUAAGCCGCUGGCGGUUAGGGAGAGACUUUAGACGUGACUUUGGCCUCAGUUUGGGAGGGUCUUCCGAUAAAAACACACGGUAAAAGACCGCAUGGUAGGGCGGGACUUCCGGUAAAAGGGGGCGGGACCACCUGUCAAGGUUGUGACAUGGCAGAUUCUGAUUGGGAGCUGUCAAAUUUUGAUGAAAGAGCUGCAGGAUGUUCCAUCAGAAGACUGGAUUGUUUCUUCAAUCUGCCAUCACUGCUCUGCUCUUCUGUCUUUUCUUCACACACUGUUGCACAGAGCUGCAGGAUGUUCCAUCAGAAGACAGGAUCGGUGCUUCAAUCUACCAUCACUGCUCUGCUCUUCUGUCUUUUCUUCACACACUGUUGCAGAGUUUCAGGUGCUGUUCCUCAACCUGUCACCACUUUAGCAGGGCUUGAUGGAAAGGGAGGAGUGGAGUUACAGUGUGAGUCUGCAGGCUGGUAUCCAGAGCCUGAGGUGUUGUGGCUGGACGGUGAUGGAAACCUCCUCUCUGCUGGACCUACAGAGACAGUCAGAGGUCCUGAUGACCUCUAUACUGUCAGCAGCAGAGUGACUGUGGAGAAGAAACACAGCAACAACUUCACCUGCAGAGUCCAGCAGAAAAAGAUCAACCAGAGCAGAGAGACAGAGAUCCAUGUUCCAGAUGAUUUCUUUAAGGUCCAGUCCAGUAACACCUCCACCAUAGUUGGUUUGGCUGUUUCUAUCAUCGUGUUAUUUCUAGCAGUUGUUCUUUUUGUUCGCACACAAAGACAAAAAAGGAAAAUGAAAACUUUGGUAAAUGAAAAGCAAGAAGAACUUGAACUAUUACAGAAGAAGCUCGAGGAAAAUGAGAAGAAGUGGACGGAGACUGAAAGAGAACUGAGGAUAGAGCACACUAAGCUGGAGGAAAAAAGUUCAGAAACCAACAAUCAGCUCCAGCAGGAGAAAGAGGAAAAGAAGAACGCUGAGAAUGAGGUGAAGACCCUGAAGAAUGAGCUGGAAGAGCUGAAAAGAAAUCAUUCAGAAACCAUCAAUCAGCUCCAGCAGGAGAUACAGAUAAAUGAAAAGGCUGAAAGUGACAUGAAGACCCUGAACAGCCGUCUGGAAGAGCUCCAAGAUGAGAAGCUGAAGUGGACGGAGACUGAGAGAAAACUGAAGAAAUUCAUCCUGAACAUGAUGCAGGAGUUGGAUGGAACGAACGCUCAGCAUUGGCAGUUAAAGGAGCCAAAAUUGAAGGAGCAGGAGGAGCAGAGGAGGAAGGAGGCUGAGAUUACAAUACAGAGACUGAAAGAGGAGCUGGACAUGAAGAAAACUGAGGUUAAAAACAAACAAACUGAGCUGCAAAGUCUCCAGGAGGAGAAGAAGAAGAUUCAGGAUGAUCUGCAGAACCUAAUUAAAGACCUGAACACCAAGAUUACAGAGCUGGAGACAAUCAGAGAAGAGUUAGCAAAGUCUUCCUGGAUGUCUCAUAUUCCCUGGAGUGGUGCCAUGCAGGAAAAAUGGAAGAAGAAAGAAGAUGAGAAGAGAAUGCAGACAGAAAUAGAAAACCUCAACAAACCUCUGAUGACCAAGAACAUGGAGUUCCAGAACAAAGAUAAGAAGUGUGAAGAAAAACAAGUUAAGCUGAAGAAGCUUCUGGAUGAUCAACAGAAGAUGGAGACUGAACUGCAGAUUGAGGAACAACAACUGCUUGAGCAGGAGAAAGAGGAAAGAAUGAAGGCUGAAAAUGAAGUGAAGAUCCUGAAGAAUGAGCUGGAAGAGUUACAGAAGAAGCUCGAGGAAAAUGAGAAGACGUGGAUGGAGACUGAAAGAGAACUGAGGAUAGAGCACACUAAGCUGGAGGAAAAAAGUUCAGAAACCAACAAUCAGCUCCAGCAGGAGAAAGAGGAAAAGAAGAAGGCUGAGAAUGAGGUGAAGACCCUGAAGAAUGAGCUGGAAGAGCUGAAGAGAAAUCAUUCAGAAACCAAGAAUCAGCUCCAGCAGGAGAAACAGAAAAAUGAAAAGGCUGAAAGUGACAUGAAGACCCUGAACAGUCGUCUGGAAGAGCUGAGGGGAAAUAAUUCAGAAACCGACAAUCAACUCCAGCAGGAGAAACAGAAAAAUGAGACUCUGAACAGUCGUCUGGAAGAGUUGAUGAAGACUGAGACAGAACUGAGGACAGUGAUCCAGAACAUGAACAAAGAGCUAGAGGAGAUCAGUCAAACCAACUCAGCCGAUGGGAAAUCAAUGAUAGCACCCAUAACUGUAGAAGAGGUCCAUCAAUACGGCCACUAUAUCCGUCUUAAGAACAUUUUCACUGAGGCAUUAAAUCUAGGAGGUUGGGAGUUAGUUCUACAGAUUAAUAACGGCAAACCAGGCAUAUGCAAAUUUAAGGAGUCUUUAAAACUUCAGGCUGGAGAGAUUCUCUGUAUAUCCCGCCAACGCUGGUUCAGAAACCAUCCUGAUGAUGUUAAACUGGUGUGGUUGGACAUGAAGAAGUGGAAGCUUACAGACAAACUACAGAUGAACCUCAUCAGUAACAAUGGAGAUAUUCAAAUUACUGUAAUGUGAAUAAACAUGAGAAACAUCAUUUUUUAUUUUUGCAUUCAUCAAAGUGAGCUUUUGUUUUUUUUUCUGAAUGUCAAAUUAACAUUAUCUUGUUUUGAGUUUUAUUUUCUAAAUCUUGUAUUCAAAUGUCCUUUUUGUAUUUUUAUCCAAUUAAAUCCAUACGAAUUGUAAUGAGUAGAGGAUACAACAAGAAAAGAUCAGAAAUAUGUACAACAUUAAAACAAUCAGAACAAAAUAUUUUCUACAGAUUAAAGUCAGUUUUUAGUUUCACCUCCUUUUGCUGUUCUUCAAACUUCAUGUGUCGACUGUCUUCAGGUUUUCUUCAGUGAUCUUGUAUUUUAUUAAAUAAAUCUUCUUUCACUUAACAGAGUUCUUCUUUGGACUUUAAGUGUGUUUAAUUUGUUUCUCUGUCUGCUUGAUCUCAUAGUUUUUAUAAUAUUCAGGUCUGGACACAUUCAGGGUUUUAUCAGCUGUUUUUGUCUCCAAACAGGAUUUUGCUGCAAUAGUUGGAUCAGUUUCUAAUCAAGUUUCCAGUUCAG